AGGGAAGGGAAUAGAUUUGAGUAAAAUAUUACUGUUCCUUGAUUUUCAUGAUUUCGUCACAUUUUUGUAAUAAGAAUGUUGCUAAAACAUAUUUCUAAGAAUAAUUUAAAAUUAGGAACUUUAGGUAAUAAUUUACACAAGUAUUUAUCUAGUCAUGGUCAUACCGGUUUGGACGUUAGACUCCUCCUCAGGAGAAGUAAUCACAGAUUUUGUGUUAUCGGGAGUGGACCGGCAGGAUUUUAUGCAGCGCAACAUUUACUCAAGCUGAAGCCCUCAAGUCGUGUCGACAUUUAUGAAAAAUUACCUGUGCCCUUUGGCCUCGUGAGGUACGGGGUCGCUCCAGACCAUCCAGAAGUAAAGAAUGUCACCCACACUUUCACAACCGUUCUGAAAAACCCUAACGUUGCGUUUAUAGGUAAUUUUGAGGCUGGGAAAGACAUUACUUUGGGCAAACUUAAGGAAUCUUAUCAUGCCAUCUUGUUGGCCUACGGUGCUAGUGAAGACAGGAAACUAAAUAUACCUGGCGAAAAAGAACAUGUCGUUUCUGCCCGGGAUUUUGUUGGUUGGUACAACGGCCUUCCAGCAAAUCGAGACCUGGCUAUCAAUUUGGAAACAAAGAAGCGUGCCAUAAUAAUUGGGAAUGGAAAUGUGACCUUAGAUAUUGCCAGGAUAUUGCUGUCCCCGAUUGAACUACUCGAAAAGACUGAUAUUAGCCCGUAUGCAUUGGAUGCUCUGAAAAAAUCAACGAUUUCCGAAGUCGUUAUUUGUGGCAGACGGGGACCACUCCAGGUUUCAUUCACCAUAAAAGAGUUGCGUGAGCUGGUUAAUAUGAAAAGUGCCCGAGCCGUGUCAGAAAUUAGAGAUUUUGACGGAAUUAAUGAACAGCUUCUUAAAGACUUUCCAAGACCAAAGAAACGCUUAACGGAGCUACUACUUAAAUCGGCCCAAGCGUCAGAUACCACCAGCUCGGGAAGUUAUUCAAAAUCUUGGUUUCUAAAGUUUAUGAGGUCUCCAAAAAUGGUUGAACGACACGGAGACAAACUACAUCUUACUCUUGAAAUAAAUGAGUUUGAUCCUGCCAACAAAGAAAGGGUUGUGGGGACGGGAAAAACGGAAGUAAACAUUUGUGACAUAGUCUUUCGAAGUGUGGGGUAUAAAGGGAGACGAAUUUUUGAUGAAUUGCCAUUCGAUGAAAAUACGGGGAUAAUUCCUAAUGUAGGAGGAAAAAUAGAAAAUGGUAUCUACUGUGUCGGAUGGGCUGGGCAAGGCCCCAGAGGUGUCAUUUUAUCCACCAUGCAAAACUCAUUCGACGUUGCAAAGACAAUCAUUCAAGACAUGGAGAGCGUCCCCCAUUCAGAUAAAUCUGGUUUUGAAACCAUAAAGAACUUGGUGACCGACAAAAGACUCACGUGUUACACAGACUUUGUUAAAAUAGCCGACUUUGAGGAAAAGCACAAUAGAAAAGUGACCACAAUUGACGAAAUGUUUAAAAUAAUCAAUGGAAAGUUAUGAUUAUUUGUAUAAAUUUAGGCUAAAAUUUUCUAAUAUAUUUUAGGCGUCAGACAACAUUAAUAUAUCAAUAUUAUGACAAUAUAGCAACAGCAUUUUUAUAGUCUCUCGUUUA